AUGUACGCUUCCAGAGUUUUCUGUAAAGGUAACCAUUAAUUUUAAUAAUAAUUUGUUGCAGAGUCAUAUCGUCUUGUCGUUGUUGGUGCUGGGACCGGUGGAACUGCAAUUGCUGCUCAGUUUUCUAAUUCAUUGCCCAAGGGCCAAAUUGCAAUUAUUGAUAGCUCACCGGUAAUUGAUAAUUCAAAACAUACACAGACUUAGGUCCAUUAUUAUCAACCAGGCUUCACUUUGCUUGGUGGGGGCUUGGCGCCUCCGGCUACUCUCCGAAAAGAGCGUCAAAGUACCUUAGCCAAGAAUGUGAAAUGGAUCAAGGACGAUGUCAGGGAGUUCAACGCUAAAGACAACUCGAUAACAUUAGGGUUGGUCUCUUAAUUUCGCCAACCCUUUCUAGUUACUGGGCAACUUCUUUAUCAAUUGUCAUUAUUUUCACGUAAAGAAAUUAAUAAUGUCAUUCUAGGAACGGAACUGACGUUGGUUAUGAUUACUUGGUGAUAGCCACAGGUCUGGAUACAAGAUACGAUCUAAUAGAAGGAUGUGAGAACGCCUUGGAGGAUGAAACAUCUGGAGUUUGCAGUAUAUACAGAUUUGAUCUGGCUCAGAAAACUUACUUACAAUUGCAAAAGUUUACUGGAGGCACAGCUGUUUUUACAUUUCCAAAUACACCAAUCAAGUGCCCUGGGGCACCACAAAAAAUAUGUUACAUGGCUGACGAAAUAUUCAAAAAGGUGACUAAAGACAAUAUAUACCCAGUACCCGCAUAUUUGCAGAAUCAAGUUCGAGAUAAGACCAAGAUCAUCUUCAACAACACUUUGGGAGUCAUCUUCGAGGUCAAGAAAUACGAAGAGGCCUUGUUGAAGGUGUUGAAGGAAAAGGAUAUUUUCUUUAAUUCCAGAAAAAACCUGAUUAAAGUGGACGCUCAGAAUAAAAUAGCCACAUUCCAGAUUGUUGAUGAACAAAGAAAACCCACGGAAAAGUUUGAGGAAGUAAAAGUAGGUUUAAUAGAACAUAAAUACGGGCAAGAUAUCAAUCACAAGGUUGUCAAUUCGUAUGUUUCCAGUAUGAUCUGCUCCAUGUGGGACCUCCUUGCACUCCAGUUAAGGCUCUACGUGAUGCUGCCGCCUCAGGGAAUCCCUUGACUGACGCUGUUGGUUGGGUUAAGGUCAACGAGAAGUCCCUGCAGUCUACUGAAUUCAAAAAUGUAUUUGCCUUUGGCGACUGUGCUGGUACAACCAACAAGAAGACUGCUGCUGCUGUCGGUAUGCACUAACAAAUGACUAAAAGACCAUUUCUGAGUCAGUGCAUUAAGUGCACAUAAAAAAGUGAUUUCGAGUUUUUCAUAAAAAUGCCCGUCGUCAGAUCCGAAUUAAAAACGAACAGUUUUACUGUUUUAAAAGUAAUCUUCUCUAGCUGUCGUAUUUAAUUUUUGACGGCUACUGAAUUUUUUGACGCUUGCGAUGCUGAUGAAAGCAUUAUUUUUUUGCUUUUACUACUGUAACAUGACGUAAUACCGUAUUGUCCGCUAAGAACGGCCGUGAAGAUCAACUUUGGCUAGCUAGUUAAACAAUUUUGCAAUAUUUUUAUAAGCAUUGGCCCGAUCUGCACCAAAUAAAAUCUGCCCUAAACAGAAGGUUGCGAUUUACACGGUUGAUGCACAGACUUAGAAAUCGUCCUUUAACUGGGCCUAUUGAUCACCUCCUUGCUUUUAGCCCAUCAACUUCGAACUGUAAAUCAAAAUCUGCAAGCUGUGAUGAAGAAGGGUGAGAUCAAGGAAGAAUACGAUGGUUAUGCUUCUUGUCCUUUGGUCAUCGACUCCAAGCAUGUUAUUCUAUCCGAAUUCAAUCAUCAAGGACCGAUCGAAACCUUGCCCAUUAACCAGGCUAUCCCGUCUUACACCAAUUACUGGAUUACUCGUUACUUUCUUCCCUGGUUGUAUUGGUCUCUUCAUUUGAAGGGUCAAUGGAUGGGACCAAGAAAGAUUCGGAAGAUUUUGAGAUUGGGAAGGGAUUAG